AUGUGUAGUUUUAAUUUUUAAAAUACUAUGUAAAAUUAAAUUAUAUAACAAGGUUUUUUCUUAAUUCUUUAAAUUAAUUUUGUGAUUUUUUCACUUCAUAUAAAAUCAGAGAAGAGAGCUCUGUAAUUGCUUUCUUCUCCGGAGUUCAGUUCCCAAUGGACGCUCUGAAUUCUUACGCAUCGUCGGCGGCGAUGGCACAACAAACCUGGGAGUUAGAGAACAACAUCGUGACAAUGGACGCGUCGUCGGGGUCGGCACCGGAAAACUCAGCGUCAGAUGCCAUAUUCCACUACGACGAUGCGGCACAGACUAAGUUCCAGCGGGAAAAACCAUGGACGAGUGACCCUCACUACUUCAAGCGCGUGAAGAUCUCUGCUCUUGCUCUUCUAAAGAUGGUUGUUCACGCGCGUUCUGGAGGUACAAUUGAGGUCAUGGGACUAAUGCAAGGUAAGACGGAUGGAGAUGCUAUUAUUGUUAUGGACGCUUUUGCCCUUCCUGUUGAAGGAACUGAAACUAGGGUUAAUGCUCAAGCUGAUGCGUAUGAAUACAUGGUUGAAUAUUCACAGACCAACAAGCAGGCUGGUCGGCUGGAGAAUGUGGUCGGGUGGUACCAUUCUCAUCCUGGCUAUGGAUGCUGGCUCUCUGGCAUUGAUGUAACUACACAAAUGCUUAACCAGCAGUAUCAGGAGCCCUUUCUUGCAGUUGUUAUUGAUCCAACAAGAACUGUUUCUGCUGGUAAAGUUGAGAUUGGUGCCUUUCGAACAUAUCCUGAAGGAUAUAAGCCUCCAGAUGACCCUAUCUCAGAGUACCAGACCAUUCCUUUGAACAAAAUCGAAGACUUUGGAGUACAUUGCAAGCAGUAUUAUUCAUUGGAUGUUACGUAUUUUAAGUCCUCUCUCGAUUGCCAUCUCUUGGACCUACUAUGGAACAAGUAUUGGGUGAACACACUUUCUUCUUCUCCUUUGCUUGGAAAUGGAGACUAUGUUGCUGGACAGAUAUCUGAUCUUGCUGAAAAGUUGGAGCAAGCUGAAAAUCAACUGCCCCAUUCACGUUUUGGGCCCUUAGUGGCAGCCCCUCAAAGGAAGAAGGAGGAAGAAUCUCAGCUUGCUAAGAUUACACGUGAUAGUGCUAAGAUUACUGUCGAGCAAGUUCAUGGCUUAAUGUCUCAGGUUAUUAAAGACAUUCUUUUCAAUAGCGUUUGUAAGUCGGGCAAGUCACAGACGGAACCCUCUGAUCCAGAGCCCAUGAUCGAAACCUGAAAAAUUUCAUCCUAUUAGUCCAGAUGUAGAUCUGUUUCUAGGUUUCUUUUGCAGUUAACAUGCAGCUUUGACUCUAUUAUAUGUAGGUCCAAAGAGGUGAAAGUUUAAGAUGGCCACCCCACAUAUAAAUUAUCAUUGCUGUUUAAUGUUUUGAAGAUUUUGCCAAAUCUUUCACUAGUUCUUUUCCUUGUCUACCUUUCUUUUGUUACUUGGAGAAGUUCUGUAAAUCAUGAACCAUCCUUUUUAGGAAUGGUACUACCUCCAUCUUGUAUUAGAUCGACAUUUUCUAUUUUACAGGGUGAUUAAGAAAUCAUUAAUAGAUUGAUCAACUUUACUAUUU